UAAUGGAGACGAAUUAACUUUUGAUAGCUGGCAUUCUGAAUUUGAUAUACCAAGAAAAAAUCAAACAUGGAAAUCAAAGUCAGAAUGACCAAUUGAUAGUUUUCUUGUAUCAGUAUAUGCAAAUUACUUCAUCACAUAAACAUAUCUGCAGAUAAAAAGAGCCAGAGCUGUGUGUAUAUAAGAUAGUUUGUAUCAAGGAAUUGGGAGCAUAUCAUAUAUAGUUUUUGGGUACUGAAAUGAGCAAGCAACCGCAUGUGUUGGUUAUUCCAUUUCAAGGACAAGGCCAUGUUGCACCUCUUCUGAAAUUGGCAACAAAGAUUGCUGAACAUGGGAUCAAGGUCACCUUUGUUACCACAGAGAUUAUUGGCGCGAAAAUGAUGGCUUCGAUGCAAGAGAAAUCUGAGGGAUGGAGCAUGAUAGAUUUCGUUUCAAUUCCAGGUGGACUUGCGGAAGAGGAUGAUCGGAAAGAUUUUAUUAAGACUAGAGAAACCAUGAUGAGAGUUAUGCCAGGUAACUUGAAGGACUUGAUUGAAAAGAUUAACCAAUCAAGUGAUGAUGAGCAGAUCACAUGUGUCAUUUGUGAUGUAAAUGCUCGAUGGGGACUGGAAGUUGCCCAGCAAAUGGGGAUUCCAAGAGCUGCAUUUGUAACUUAUGGACCAGCAAUCUUAGCCCUGCAAUUUCAUAUUACAAAGCUGAUUAAGGAUGGAGUUAUAGAUAAUAAUGGCACUGCAAUGAAUGAUGGGUUGAUCUCAAUAUCCGAAGGAACUCUCCCUUGGAAAAGUAACGAAUUUCCAUGGAGUAUUCGAAUGAAUGCAGAGUUGCAGAAGAUUUUCUUUGAAUCUGCUCUUGCUGUUGUUGAAUUUGUCAAAAUUUCCAACUGGGUUCUUUCCAACACAGUUUAUGAACUUGACUCAUUAUCCUGUGAUCUGGUCCCCAACAUACUACCGAUUGGUCCAUUACUUGCAAUUAAUAAUUCAAGGCAUUUGGUUGGAAGCUUUAGGCCCGAGGACUUAACUUGCUUAAGCUGGCUUGAUAAACAACCGAUAGGCUCGGUCAUUUAUGUUGCAUUGGGCACCACACCAAUCUUAAAUCAGCAACAGUUUGAUGAAUUAGCAGCUGGUCUUGAAUCCUUAGGCAAACCAUUUCUAUGGGUUGUUCGAUCUGACCUCAUUUGGGGUUCGGUUGCCAAAUUCCCAGAUGGUUUUGAGCAGAAAAUAGCCGGACGGGGAAAGAUUGUUGAAUGGGCACCUCAAGAGAAGGUAUUAGUACAUCCUUCUGUUGCUUGCUUCGUAAGUCACUGUGGAUGGAAUUCAACCUUGGAAGGAUUAAGCAUGGGAGUCCCAUUUUUGUGUUGGCCUUUCUAUAUUGAUCAACAUCAGAACAGAAAUUAUAUUUGUGAAGGUUGGAAGAUUGGUUUAGAAUUAACCCGAAAUGGGAAUGGGAUUGUUACAAGGCAUGAAAUACAGGCAAAGAUCACAAAAUUGCUAAAUGAUGAAGGCUUCACAGGAAAUGCAUUGAAGCUGAAGGAGAUGGUUACAAGGAGUCUUGCUGAAGGUGGAUCAUCAUUUGAAAAUUUUGAGAGAUUUAUUGUUGAAAUAAAGUCUAUUUAAUUACUACAAUAUUCCCUAAAAAUGCUUAGAAUAAUGAUCCAUUGAUUCUAGAAAAUCUGGGGUUCAUAUUAUUGAAUGCAUGCAUCUCCAAGCCGCAUAUUUUUGUAAUGAAAGAGGUUAACUAAGAGCACUGUUGAUGAGCUAAUUCAUUGAUUUAAGAGCACUGUUGUUAUAUGCAUCCACUCUCGAAUACAUAAAUAGAUAUAUAAAUGAUGUAUUAUUAUGUAA